AUGUCAAAAAAUUGUCUAAAACAUGUAACAACAGUCUUGAUUAAUAAUUUAUAUAAUCUAAUAAAUUUUACUGAACAUAACCUUGCUUUUCAAGCCAGCUACCUUGAAACUAUAAAAGCUAUUACUAAGUUUAAAGACAUCUCUAAAGACUGUAAAAAGCCAGUACAAUUAAUUAAACAUUAUAUGAAUCAUCUAAUUGAUCAUAGUAAAACUCUUAUUUUUUCUACUACUGAAAAUAUUAAGCAUUUAUUAAAAGCACAUUAUUAG